ACGAGCGUCUUAUAAUCCGAAAAACAACUGUGUUUUGUUAUUUGUAUACAAAGGCAAAAUAAGUGACCUGUUCAAAACACCACCGCAUGUUUAUUCUCAAAGUGGAAUCUUUGUGUUGGAAACCCUAAACAUGAAGAAGAAAGUCAAUGCACCUCAGCAGACAAAAGUGAAAGAUAUCAGCAGCAAAGAAACAGCAUCUGAUGCUAGCAGCGAUGCGGAUGUGGCCAUUAAAGAUUCCUCACAGGAAAAGAGGCAUCUGAUAAUAUCCCAAACUGAUGGCUGUUUCUUGAAGUUCUUGAACGAAGACCGGCAGAAGCUGCCAUCGUUCUGUGACAUAACUCUCACGGUCUGUGGCCAGAUGUAUCGUGCCCACAAGGUGGUUUUGGCUUUUGGCAGUGGCUAUUUUCAUGCCAAAUUCAGCGAAAACGCUGAACUGCACCAUGUUACCAUUGAUAACAUCGAGGUCUCCAUCUUUGGACAUUUGCUCAACUUCCUGUACACGUCUGAAUUUGACGUUUCAGAAAGCCAGAUUCCUGCUUUGGCCGAGGCUGCCUGUUUUCUGGAGAUGAUGGAAGCUGUAAAUCUUUUAGCGAAGCGGGCGACACCAGCUCAUGCUGAUGAAGAAAGUGAUGUUCAGCAGGUUCCACUGGAGACUCCAGAUGUCCAGGCUUCAGCAGGAGCUCAAUGCUCUUUUUGCAGUCGUACCUUCUGCUACAAGAAGUCUCUGGAGAAUCACCUGGCUAAGUCGCACAGCGCUGGCUGCCAAGUUGAGGACGAGCAAAACAUGGCAAGCACAUCUGCGGUCACUACCCGCAGAUCGGCCCGUCAGAGGAGGACCCCUGCUAAAUUCGAGAGCGAAAAUGGCCAGGUCCUGGCUGGAAAAUCUGGUCAAAAAACUCCAACGCAUGAUGCCGCCGCUUUUGAGGAGGAGGAAAGUGAGGAAGAGCAACAGUAUGAGCAAAGUAGUAAAGAGGGGCGAGAGGAAAUGGUCGAGGAGGUAGAAUGUGAAGACGGUGAGAAGCAAGAGGAGGAACAUGAGGCUGUAGAGCAGGCUGAAGCCCAGAAGGAGGCCGAACCGACAUCCAGCCGUGCUGUUGAGGAGCACAGCCAAGCCACGGAGCUCACCGCUCACGUGUUUCCAGAAGGACUGGCUCCCGUUAUGAUCCAGAGCGCUAACAAGAAGACUCUCAAGUGUCCCAAAUGUGACAAGACCUUUGAUCGCAUAGGUAAAUAUGAGAGUCACACCAGAGUACACACGGGAGAAAAACCUUUCCAGUGUGACAUCUGUUUCCAGUGCUACUCCACCAAAUCAAACCUCACUGUGCACAAGAAGAAACAUGACAGUGAUUCGCCCGUGAAGAGGAAAGAGCACAAGUGUCCCUUCUGCAACAAGCUUCAUGCCAGCAAGAAGACUCUCAGCAGACAUGUCAAGAGCUGUGGAAACGCUAUCAUGGAUUUCUUACGGUGUUGUUUAUUACUGUUGCUGUUUUGUUUCAGGCUUCACCUUCGCGUUCAUCAUGAGGACAAGCGCUAUGAAUGUGACGAAUGUGGCAAAACGUUCAUCCGCCACGAUCAUCUAAAGAAACACAAAAAAAUUCACACAGGGGAGAGAGCACACCAGUGUGAAGAGUGUGGAAAAUGCUUCCGACGUGCUGAUCACCUGACUGUCCAUUAUAAAAGCAUUCACCUGGGAGAGAAGAUCUGGCGAAGGUACAAAGCAGUGGUGCAUCAGUGUCAGGUGUGCAAGAAAGAGUUCAGGGGGAAGACCAACCUCAUGUCGCAUUUCAGAACACAUUCAGGUGAGAAACCCCACCGGUGUGUGAUCUGCAACCAGACCUUCCGCAUCAAGAAGACUUUGACCAAGCACAUGGUCAUUCACUCAGAUGUACGUCCUUUCAACUGCCCGCACUGCAGUGCUACCUUCAAGCGUAAGGACAAGCUCAAGUAUCACGUGGACCAUGUGCACAGCGGCCGCCCGCUCGAGCAGCAACAGCCGAACCUGCCUGCGUCCCCCGCUAGCAAGCUCACCGAGCCGCUUCUGUCAAACGAAACGCCCAAACCGUACCACAACACACCUAAGACUGUGCUGCAGAGUGUGGCGGCUGAUGUUUGCGUCCCUGUGACGCUCAUCCCCGUCCAGAUGACUGAGGAAAGCGGUCUUGCUGUGCACAGGACGCCACAUGGGGUCCUUUCAGCUGUGAGCCAGCAACAACAGACAGGCUACCAGUCCGCCACUGACCUAGUGUUCUUAGAAAAGUACACCCUCACGCCUCAGCCGACCAACAUCGUGCACCCGGUGCGGCCCGACCAGAUGCUGGACCCUCGAGAGCAGUCUUACUUGGGAACGCUACUGGGACUGGACUCGACUACAUCUGUGCAAAACAUGUCUAGUGCUGAACAUACUCAUUAAUUCAAAGCACAUCAAUGCUAUUAUGUACAAGCAUGCGUCUGUGUUUGUUACGUGAAUACAUUUUGGUCAUUAGUCUCUUUGUGCUGUUCUUAAAGGGUUAGUUCACCCAAAAAUUUAAAUUGUCAUUAAUUACUCACCCUCGUGUUGUUCGA